AUGGGACUUCUCUCGUUCCUUCGUCGCGACGAGACAGAGCCCAGCUAUGUGCGAUCUUCGGAGGAGAAGGCCCUUGUGCGACGUCUCGACACUUUUCUACUGACCUUUGGUUGUAUCUCUCAAGUCAUUAAAUACCUCGACCAGCAGAAUAUUAACAAUGCGUACGUCUCCGGCAUGCAAGAGGAUCUUAACCUCCAUGGCAACGAAUUGAACCUCUUCACGACAUAUUUCAACGCCGCCUACUGCAUCAUGGUCAUCCCUUCCCAGGUCAUUUUGACAUACAUUCGGCCAAGCUUCUGGUUGCCUGGCUUGGAGAUCAUCUGGGGAGUGCUUACUGGCCUGAUUGCCAUGAGCACCAACGCCAAGCAGGUUUACGCUCUUCGUGUCUUUCUAGGACUUUGCGAAAGCAGUGCAUGGCCCGGAAUGAUGACCUUGUUCAUGUACUGGUAUACCCCAACCGAACUUGCCAAACGAAUGGGCUUCUAUCACUCUUGCCAGGCUGUCGGACAAAUGAUGUCGGGGGCCCUGCAAGCCGCGAUCUCCGAUACUUUGAAUGGACAUGGAGGCCUCGCUGGGUGGCGGUGGCUAUUUGUCAUCAACGCUAUCAUAACGGUCGUCUGGGGCUUCGCGGGUUUCUUUAUGAUUCCGGAUACCCCGAGCAAUCCUAAUCCGCGCGCAUUCUGGUUCAAGAAAGCCCACGCUGAGCUCUCGAUGGAACGGCUUGCUCGCAACGGUCGUGCCGAGCCGGCGAAGAUGUCCUGGGCCGGUGUUCGGCGAACAUUCUCUGGCUGGGUCGUCUACUUCACUGCCAUUCUAUACAUUGCGAGUGUGCUUGGUACCUACGGCUACGUGUACUUCUCACUUUUUUUGAAGUCACUCAAGAAUCCGGAUGGGAGUGCGAGGUGGUCUGUUACACAAGUCAACGCGAUUCCAAUCGGAGGCUCAGCCAUCAACGUCGUCUUUGUCUGGAUUUGGGCUCUACUAUCCGAUUUCCUUCACACACGAUGGACUCUUAUCGUAGUGCAAGGAAUCAUUGGCAUCAUUCCGUGCAUCAUCAUGAGCAUUUGGACCUCCCAUCCCGGCACUGUUCCUCUGUCGGGUGCAUAUGCCUCAUAUUUUAUUUCAUACAUUUGUCUUGGAACUGCGCCUCUCAUCUUCGCUUGGCUGUCCGAUCUUAUUCCGCAGGACCCCGAGGCACGCACACUCGUGGUCGGGGUCUCGGUCGCUGGUUAUUAUGCGAUCUCUGCUUGGUCCCAAGUUUUAGUUUGGCCAGCAUCACAGGCACCAUACUACAAAUACGGCUGGCAGUCUGCCCUUGCACUUCUAGUAUUCGUCAUAAUUAUGACUUGUGUUCUUCGAUUUAUUGAUGUCAGAUAUCUGCUACCGAAACGUGUCGCAUUCCAUGCUACGCUAGAAGCUGAGGUGGUGGGUGGGAAGGACAGUGUAUCCCGUCAACCACAUACUACAGCAGAGGCAUCGGGUGUGGAUCGCAAAACUGGAAACAAAGCAAGAGUAGAUGAAGUUUAA